UUGCUCGGUUGGUGGUGCCCUUGUCCAUGUCGCUACUCAUCCACGGUUGUGCAGGGCGAGGCCUUGGGGACUCAUCCACAAUCGAAUUUGUUGUGAAUGAGAACGAGUCUCGGCAGCCGUUGGAUUCGACCCGGACUUCCGCCCGAAGCCCGCGAGUAGAUAAAAUCAUGCCAGUUGUACCUAAGAACAUCACGAAGGCCUGCGACGAGAAGGGCUCUAAAUUUUACGAACGUGUUAUCCGCAUCAAAAAGAAGCUCGAGGGUGAUAGCGAUGGCCUCUGGGGAACUCUCGUGGAGUCCAAUUCAGGAUCGAAAACUGACGACAUCGAGACCGUCACAAUGCUCAAGGAGAUCAGCAAAAUGAAUGAUGAAGAAUUGCCAGCCGAGAUAGGAAAAGCAAAAUGCCGUGUGCUGGAGUCUACAGGUUUACAGGUUAUCAGGAAAUCUGGUAUAUAUUCUGCAUUGGAAAAAUUGGUAGAGAGUACUUCCUCUGAAGACAUCGUGCGCCCUGUAGCUGAAACAGUAACGAAGAAACUGAAGGAACGGUGUGAAGCGGACUUGCAGACCAAGAAGGCCCGUCGUACUGUCGAUGUGGCUUCCAAAAUUUCCUCCAGUGGAUUCACCUUGACGGACCUGAUGGAUCGGUGCGUGCGUGGCAAUCGAAUGAUGCCGCAGAGCUCAUUGACAACGGGCAAGCGCAAGCGUGAAGAUAAGGAAAAAGAAGGUCGUGGACGUGUUAAAAAGAAGCAGCCUAGUACUACGGCCAAGCCAGCUCUGGUCCCUCCUGCCCCGGCAAUGUCAGAGGAAGAGCGGACCAGACUGCGAGAAAUGAAGUCCAUUUUGAAGGGAUAGUUGUAUAAUGCAGACUCUCGUUCAUGCGAAAAGCAUGCGGUUUCAACCC